ACCACAUCCACAGCCAAUUCCGAGCUCUUCCGAGUCCCUGAAUCCAUCUCUCAUCUCCUCCAUCGUUCCACAGACGCACGAGCUCUCGUCGAGCAGGCCAUACCGGACUGGCUAGCCGAGCUCCGAUGGUUUCCUCAAUGAAGCAGUGCAGAGAUGAGGCCCAGGAGGUGCCCCUGUCCCUCUCGCUCUCCCUCGGCGUCAUGGCCGACCGCAGCAAGAAGCAGCGCCGCGGCGGCGCAGAUGGCGAGUUCGUCUGCAAGACGUGCAGCCGCGCCUUCCCGUCGUUCCAGGCGCUGGGCGGGCACCGGACUAGCCACCUCCGCGGCCGCCACGGGCUAGCGCUCGGCCUCACUUCAGGGUCCGAUCAGCCGGGGACCAAGAAGACGACGGACCAGAAGCAGGCGCACCAGUGCCACGUCUGCGGGCUGGAGUUCGAGAUGGGGCAGGCGAUGGGCGGCCACAUGCGCCGACACCGCGAGCAGGAGGCCGCCACCACGGCGCAGGCGCCGCCCGUUCUGCUCCAGCUCUUCGUCUAGCACCGCACUGAUUUCUCUCAAGUUACAUAGCUAGGCAUUUCUGGUUCUAGUAGAGAUUUACAGGUUGGCCUAUGUGCGCGGUUUGGUUUGUACAUUUGCUGCACACUACUGUAGCUCGUUGGUCUGUUCGCUCUUGUUAGGUAUAUAUGCACAUAUUUUAGGACUCA